AUGUCCAAAAUAGAAAGCUUUCAGGAAAUGGGGAGUCCUGGGUGCAUCAUCAGUGCUGGACACUUUACUUCGCAUCCUUCGUCGUUAUUUCCGUCUACAUUUUCCUCUUAUUCUUUCUCUUUCACAACAAUCAAUUUUAUAAAUAGUCGUUUUUCUUAUACUUUACUAUUAUGUUUUACCAUACCUAUCUAUCUCAGCUCGUUCAUUCCUUCGUUCAUUCCUUCGUUCCUAUCUAUCUAUCUAUCUAAAUCCUUUUCUUUCUUUCUUUCUUCCUUUCUUUCUUUCUUUCUUUCUUUCUUUCUUGGUACAUCUAUCGCUCACUCUAUCUAUCUAUCUAUCUAUCUAUCUAUCUAUCUAUCUAUCUUAAUUCGUUUCUUUUUUCUUUCCCACUGCCUCUCUCUCAAUCUAUCUAUCUAUCUAUCUAUCUAUCUAUCUAUCUAUCUAUCUAUCUAUCUAUCUCAGUGCCUAACUGAAUCCGUUUCUCUCGUUCUUUCGUUCUAUCUAUCUAUCUAUCUAUCUAUCUAUCUAUCUAAAUCCUUUUCUUUCUUUCUUUCUCAGUACGUCUAUCGCUCACUCUAUCUCCUCAUCUAUCUAUCUAUCUAUCUAUCUAUCUAUCUAUCUAUCUAUCUAUCUAUCUAUCUAUCUUAA